UUUACUUCGUGUUAGUGCAUACUCUGGUUGCGUGGUCUAUCCUUUCGAAUUGUCAAAUGCGAGCAUCGUUUUGACGUUUCUAAAGAAACGCUUUUUUACCUUCUUUUUCUACCGUUUCUAUUGUAUUUUUUGUCUCUUCUUCUUUUUCCUUUUCUUCUUCUUUUUCUUCUUCUUCUUAUUCCUCAUUUUCAAUGGACAAGUGUUGGAGUUCGUUCGAAUUGAAUUUUUAAUAUUGUACCUUUUAAUUUUUUUGGUGACCAUUUUAUCUGUCGCUUUUCACUUUAAUAAAUGAUCGAGAACGAGGGUGUUAGAGAUAGAUAGAUAGAAGAGGAUUAGAAAGAUGGUGCAAAUUAUCGGAUCGAUUUGUGCGUGUGUGAACUCACAGUGAAACAUUCUGUGCGUGUUUUGAAAAUUUUAUGACUGGUGAAUUCCUUUGAAAUCCAUUUCAAAUAGUGAAACGUCGAACUAAUUUCAAUUAUCGUCGUGAUAUCUGAAAAAAAGACAGUGUUACUGCGAUGUCAAAGUGACUGUGAUAAACUUUCGAGAUAUUUCGAUAUUUUUACUCCGGCUGAAUUGAUCGAUUGACUUACUAACUGACUGACUAACUAACUGAUUGACUGAACUUUAGAGUUUCUUUUUUUAAUGAGUGAGCAAUGAGAGAACGUGUCGGAUAAAAGCAACGUCGUAAAAACAACGGAUAAUCCAAGACUCUGAAGUUCAUUGAAAGGGAAGGAAGAAAGACGGAGAUUUCUCGUGAGAAAAGGUCGAAAUUGAAAAGCAUCGGGGUUCCCAUCAGCGUAUAUCAAAUUUUUCCCAGUAGAUUCAUCUCAAUAAAGAUCAUCGAUCAAAAUUGACUUUAAUAAAAUCCAUUCGAAACGCAUCGGGUGGCAAGAACGAAAAAUGAAGAAAAUAUCUUGGCUCGUUUCGUACGAUCGAUCAUCCACGUUCCUUAGGUCGAAUCUUGAAACGACAAUCUCAUCCAGUCGAUUGAGUCUCGUCGAGCAACGUAAUAAGAAUCUCGGUGUUAGCGAUAAGAGAAAGGAUAGGAAGCGGCUUGCUAAAGAAAUAUUUUUAAGGGAAUCUCAGCUAAAACGUAGAAUAUAAAGUGGAUUUGUUGAUGAGAACGGCAGAAUGCGAUAAAGAUAAAUAGAGGAAAAGUCAGGGAGAGAGAGAGAGAGAGAGAGAGAGAGAGAGAGAGAGAGAGAGAGUUAUGUACGUAUAACAAAAAAAAAACAAAACAAAAAAAAGAAACAGAAAAAAGAAAGAAAACAGAAAACGAACGUCCAAAUGGACGUCGAAAAAAUAAAUGAUUUACCGUAUAUCACGGCUAAAGGAAAUAUCGAAGUUAGGUUAAAAAAAUUUUAACACCGAUAAUAUCGUAAAACUUUUCCAAAUCAUGUUAUUUAUGAUAUAUUCGAUAAAAAAAAAAGAAAACUACUGGGAAAGAUACGUACGACGAUGGUAUGAACGUUUCAUUAAUAGAAAGAAUUAUUAAUCGAUAUGAAACGAGAAUUAUUCUUUUUUUUUUUUUAAAUCCUAUUUAAAACAUUUAAUCCCAAGUCAAUAAUUCGUGGAAAAUAUUAUAUACAUGAACGCCACGCGGAAAAUAGCGUGAAAAACAGAAUAAAAUAUGAUAGAGAUUCUCGAUUCCUUGACGAGAAUAAGAUUCCAUAGAAAGAUUUAGACGGAAUAAAAGAUAGAUAUAUAGACGGAGAAAGAGAAAGAGAAAGAAAAAAGGAAAUAAACUUGAAGGAAAAAGGAGAUUUAUGAUAACUACGAUUUUAAAAAGGAUUUACAUACCGUCGUCAUUUCAUUUUCUUUUUUUCUUUUUUUUCUUUUUCUUUUGUUUUCUUUCCCUUUACCUAACUAACAUUUAUGUAAGAUAUUCCAUUCGUAAAAUAAUAAAAUCGAUAUAAUACGACAAAUGAUUCUAUCUAUGGGAAUAAAUCUCGAGGAAUUAUAUAUUAUCAUCGUCAAAUGUCUUUUUAUGAGAAUAAUAAAAAUAAGUAGGUGAUCCUUUGAUAAAGGAAGGAGAAAAAGGCUGGUGGGAGAAUGGAGAAAGACAACGUUAGACAUUAUAGGGCUUACGAGGGUUUUAAGCCGGCCAAUAAUGGCAACACCUCGUCCCUUAAAAGAACAACGUCGGAUCAUCCAAAAACUUUGCAUCCAUCGAGGCAAGUUAGAUGUUUAUGCUUCGGUGGUAUACCAGACAAGGCCAGCCAACAAUCCUUCCUAAAGGGUUUCGCCAUAAAUCUUGGUAUAUGCGCAUUAAUGGUCGCUUAUACGUUACUCGGAAGUUUCAUAUUCCUUGCAAUUGAGGGUGGUACCGAUUCUACGGACAAUGUUGGAAUACACCGAGCCUUGGCAACCAUUGCCGUUAGCAGUCAAUCUAAUAAAAGGAUUAAUAAUACAGCAUGGAUGAUAAAGGCAAAUAACGAAGCACGCGCUAAAACCGUCGAAAAUAUAUGGGUACUAACGGAAAGCUUGAACAUUCUCUACCGUGAAAAUUGGACGAGAUUGGCAGCCCAAGAGAUCGCAAGGUUUCAGGAUCAACUGGUGAAAAGGAUCAUGGACGACAUGAUAGCGACUCAGAAUACUGGCACGUACACUGUUAGUAAUGGUGUAAACGGCGAUACUGGUACGCACACCGGUAGUAACAGUGCAAGCGGCGAUAGUGUCACGGAACGACGAAUACCCGAAUACGAGUGGAACUUCGCCAAGGCGUUUCUAUACUCUUUAACAGUACUGACUACUCUAGGCUGUGGCAGUAUAGCACCUAAGUCAACGUGGGGUAAACUUGCCACCAUGGGUUACGCCAGUCUAGGUAUACCCUUGACGAUAGUCUACUUGUCAAAUGCCGGAGGUCUGUUGUCCAGGUGCGCCAGGGGUGUUUUUACCCGGGCUCUUUGUUGCUGCCUUUGUUCGAACUGCGGCUAUUGUUGUUACGACGAGAGACGAAUGCAGGAGAAAGAGAGACGUAUGCGAAGAAAGAGGCAACAGGAAGAAUUGGCGCAGCAACAGCAACAGCAACAACUGCAGUUACAGGAACCAUUUUAUGUGCGUGCUAAUUCGUCGACGUUUACGAGUACAGUUGAAAUCAAAGCUAGCCCGAAGGAUGAGGUAUCCAGUCUUGGAUCUGGUGACAGACCUAAUGUGACCAUAUUGGCACCCAUUAGCAUUUGUCUUGGUGCUAUGCUCUGCUAUAUCGUUGCGGGAGCAUUUACUCUUCACAAGUUGGAUGGUUGGACCUUCGUAGACGCAAGUUAUUUCUGCUUCAUGAGCUUAAGCACCAUUGGAUUCGGAGACAUGGUGCCGGGUUCUUAUCCUCAUAAUAAUCCAUCCUCAUCGCGAAACGCAACGAUUUGGUUUUGCUCUUGUUAUAUAAUGUCGGGCAUGGCAUUGACGGCAAUGUGCUUCAAUAUUUUACAUGACGAGAUCGUUCAUCGAUUUUGUCAUCAAAAUGAAAAACAAGAACCAGUUAAGGCAAGCUCGAGCGUUGACGAGCUAUCAACCGAUCCCUUUGCUCUGACUUCGUGACAAUUUCCGUCCGGUAAUCUGUGCCAUAGAAAUGGUACAGAGGAGACGAAUGUAUGCGCCACGGAAACACCUACUAAUAUAUUCGCCCAUGAGAACGAGAUCAAUAUUCUGAAGGAUUCCUUUAAUCAGGUUGAUGUCACUAGAGACUGCAAACCGAUCUUGAAGUUGGAGGAUCACGUGCCACCGAUCGCAGCAGUUUACAUGCUACCGAAGGUAGACGAGGAGACAGAGGAGAACACUGAAAUGUAAAAAUGUCUCCUAGAUGUCCCUUCGAAUGUGUCCCCAAAGCGAAAUUCCACGAUGGAACUUUCGAGUUUCCGAACUUUUGGGAUGGAUAGUUAACUAUCUCUCUCUGUCUCUCUCUCUGUCUCUCUCUCUCUCUCUCUCUCUCUCUCUCUGUCUCUAUAUCUCUAUCUCUAUCUCGUUUUCUCUAAUUCACUCCCUAUCUGUCUCAUUUCUCGACAAGGAAACAACAUCAUAAAUGUGUGUGUGUGUGUGUGUGUGUUCGCGUGUCUGCUGCUGCUGUGUAUGUCUCUCUGUGUAUGAAAGAGAAAGAGUAGAGAAAGAGAGAGAGAGAAAGAGAUGGAUAGAGAAGAGAUAAAGGUAGAUUUGCUUUGUUACAUCGAUUGUAGUUUCCCUUGGAAGAUAUAUCUAGGAUUUUUCAAGGAACCCAAUAAUACUACGAAGCUCGAGAUUCUUUUGAUUCGAUCAUUCGUUUUAAAUGGAUUCUAUAAAAGUGCUGACUAUGUACGUUUUAAUAGAAACACGUCCCUGAUUCAAAAUUAAGAAUGGUGAUGGGUGUCGACAAAUUUCUCUCUUCAUUGAGAAUAAAGAUACAUUGUAUUAUACGUAUGUCACUGUAUAGACGAGCGAAGUGAGAUAAUAUAUAUAUGUGUGUGUGUGUGUGUUAAAUGAUCAAACAUGGAUUUGACUUACUUUCUCGUGCGAAUAACAAACCAUCCGCCAAUUAUUAUGGCUCUCGAUUUCGAAUGAUUCACAUGAAUACGACAUUAUGUUCACGAUACAAUUCGAACGACGAGUCUUAAUUAAUUUUAUUAAUAUAACUUUAUAUCGGUUCUAUAUAUCAGAGAUGGAAAACGUAAUUUCUCAAAAUCUAUUUAGCUAUCGUGUUAAUUAACGCUAUACUUUUGGUUUAUUUAUAUUAUAUUAUAAUA